CUUCCCUGUCCUUGCCCACGCGCCAACGGCUUCCGGCAGGGCAUCAAUCAGCGAAAUCGGCAGUUUGUUCAUCAUUCAUUGAGACGGUGAGUGAGACGAGGAUGGCGAGUCGUCCUGCGCGUUCAUCGUUCGACGUCGACGCCCGGCUGGACGCGGCUUUGCAAGAAAUCCAGCUGCUCGAGAGCCUGGACAGCCCCCGCCGCCUCCCCGAGGGCGCCAACAGCAUCAUGAAUGGCCCUGCCUCUGCAGUGGGAGGCGGAGGGCCUACUGCAGCUGCUGCAGCCGAAACGCGUUCGUUGCCGCUGCCGCCCCUGACGCCACCAGUUGCGGAGAGGGCGUCGCCGGGGAGUGCGCUGGCCGUGCUGCCGUCGAGGGCUGAGAAUGUGCGACGGGCUGACACAGGUACCUGAGGGGAGUGGAGUGGAUGGAGAGAGAUGUGGGCAUGGCAGGCGGUGAUGGCGAUGUGGGUCAUCGGGUUACUGUUCUAUGUUUUGUGUGACCAGCGUGUGUGCGUGCGCUGCGAAAGGCGCAGGAGACCAUUCGCGCGAUACAGGACGAGAGGGAGAGGCUCACCGGCAAACUCACCAAGGUCCGUGCCUGCGUCCAUGGCCUCCCUUUUGGGAGUCAGUCAGCCGAGUUUGGGGCCUAUGCAUUGCAAUGCAUCCAUCCUACACAUCCAUCCGCUUGCGCGCCUGGCUGCCUGCACUGACUGCAUUGUGUGGUGUGUCAGGAGUGUGACCGUCUGGCCGGUGAGAACUCCCAGCUGUCGAACACCCUGGACCGCACCCAAUCGGCGCUCAGUGAGUGCCAGGAGGAGAAGCGACACAUGGCCGCGGAAAUCGACGAGGUCGGUCGGUCGGUCGGUGACAAAGCGCUGGGGGGAGCCAUGCACAAACAAUAAGGUGCCUGCCGCUCCUGUGUUGCAUCUUUGCCUUGUCGGUGCAGUUGCGUGCUCGGCUGCACCAGGCGGAGAGUGAGCGGGGCGACCUGCGGGAGAGGAACCAAUACAUGGAGAGGGAACAGAAGGUCGGUGAGGCGGGUCAGUCAGUCAGGCAACACCCAGCGCACUGCACCGCACGCCCUUGGAGCCACAACCAUGUGUGUCUGUUAUCUGGGCCGUUCGUUCAGUCGUUCCGUCUGCGGAUGGAGCAGAGCGCUCGGGAGCUCAAGCAGCGAGUGGAGGUGAGCCAGACAGACAGACAGACAGAAGACCAUGACGCGCAAUGAAUGCAUCACUCGCCAUGUGUGUGUGGUUGCGGGUAUGGGUGUUCCUGUCUGUCAGGACGCAGAGCGGUUCAAUUCUGAGAUGUCCGAGUCCCACAGGCUGACACAAGUCCGCUGUAAAGAGCUCACACAGACCCUGCACGCUUGCAUCAGGGAACGGUCAGUCGGUGAACCAAUCAAUGCCUACACUCACAGGACACCGACAAAGGCAAAGGGUCAAGCGUCUGGUCCAUGCCAUGCCAUGAAAUGCCUGCAGGUGCCAGCUGCUCAAGUUGGUGAGUGACGUGCUGGAGACGUCGAUCGACCUCUUCUACAACCCCACGCCCUUCUUCAAGGCACACGUAAGUAACCCACAUGACAUAAUGACAUCAGCGACAGACACCCACAGGCACAUCACAUAAGCACACACACACGGUCACGUGUGACUCUGGUCGUACGGCUGCGUGCAUGGGCUGGGCGGGUGGUCAGGUGCGUGAAGUGUCGAAUGGCCGCCGGCCGUCGUCUGUGUUUGUCGGUGCGGGGAGCAGGAGGGGCAAAUACCCUACCGUCAGGCUGGUCCCUAAAGCAGACGAGCCGCCCAUCAAGGUCAGUCAGUCAGUCAGUCAGCACAGCAUCUGUGUUGGGCAUAGAUUCACAGGAUGUGUGUGACAGGGCCGCAUGUUGGGUGAGAUCGGUGCGGUCGUGGCGGCCCUCGAGCGAGAAAUGCACGAAACGGCCGUCGAAUUCCACGCAAUGGUAUCUAUCCCACCUAACCCCACACACAUCAGAGAGACACCUCACCUCUCGUGUCUGUCUAUGUCUGUCUGUGGUAUGUUAUGUGUGUGCAGUUGCGUCGGAUGCAGGACGAGGCAGACAGAAACACCCAGCUGGUGGCCCUCUGCCCCGACCACCCAUCAGCAGAGGCGAUUCUCGUCGUCCUCGACGAGGUCAACCGCCGAGCAGACAGGCGCCUCGCCGACCGCCCGGCCACGUCGCCAUCCCUCCCGCCACAACGCCCCAAAUUCGGCGAGAGAGGGCAGCAGCGAAGGGGCAAGUCGGCCGGCCCACGAGUGGAGAGGGAAUCGGGCGACGGGCGUGCUGGUGGUGAUGGUGGAGGUGUGGUGCCGCGGGGGGCGCUGCUGGGCGAGAGGAUAGACUGGGGGAGUGAGAGGGAGUCGUUUCACGCCUUGGCCAAGGCCAUGGAGACCAAGUGGGCUCAGCUGCAGAAGCUGCACAAGGUUUCUAACCAGGCCGCACAGAAACAGAGAGGGGGUGGCGCGGGGGGCGGGUGUGGGGGCUACUGCAGAUGACGAAAUCUGUGUGUGUGUGUGUGUGCAUAUGUUGAUUGCAUGUGUGUGGACCGCUGCUCGUGUGGCGGGAAUGCCACUCACAAUACUGAAUGCGAUUGCGAC